UGGAAGAACCCUAAAGUAUGGAUCUUCCUUUUGCCCUUGCUUUUGUUCUUCUUCUGACCUCUUGCUAUGCGAUCGAUGAGGACUUUUCCGAGGAGCUGUUGCUGCGUCCGCUCCCCGACGGCAAUGUGCUCGCUCAUUUCCACUUCGCCAGCACAUUGCCGCCCGUCGAUCACUACGGCGUGCAUCACCGGCUCUUCCCCAAGGCCAUCUUCCAGCUCGUCCGGAAGUUUCGAAUCAAGGAAAUGGAGCUCUCCUUCACGCAAGGGCGAUGGAACUACCAGCGCUGGGGCGUGGGCGAUCCGAUCGCACAGCUCGCCGCCAAGCCAGUGGGAGUGGAGCUUACGGCAUCUCUCGACGUUCCAGAGGCAGAGGUGGAUUCGACGUGGGGAAACCUCACGCACGCUCUCUCGGGCCUCUUUUGCGCCUCGAUCAACUUCCUCGAGUCGCCAACUACGUUCUUGGAGCCGUGGUUCUCGUGGAGGCCCGAGGCAAACUGGACAGGAGGAGGAGGAGCUUUCGACGCUCCCGGCGUGAAGAGGGUGGUGAAAGGAAAGAAAUGGAGCAAGAGCUCGAGAACCAGGUAUGGAGCACUCCCGAGAGAAGCAGUCUGUACGGAGAACCUCACGCCAUGGCUCAAGCUUCUCCCGUGUAGAGACAAGGCUGGGCUCACGACGCUCCUGGACAGGCCGACGAUUUACAGUGGUAUGUACCAUUCCCAGAGGCUGAUUAUCACUUCCGGUGACUUCGAUCGAGACGAAGAAGGCACGACGUUGGAGCAAACCUUGACGGUUGUUUUGCGAAAGCCAGCAGUUUCAGAAGGUCUGUCUUCCAAGCUGCAAGACUGGACACUCUCCGGGUUGUUUGGCUCAAAGCUGGAAGGCAAGUGCCCGCUUGCAACUACAAGUAGUGUCUAUCUGGAGCUGGAGGAGAGCUUGGCGAAGCACUUGGCUGGAGAUCUCAGCAAAGAAACACGCAUCAACUUCGUGGACAAUCGUGUUUUCAGCCUCAGCUCUGCUCCAAGUCGGGUGCUCGCCUCCCUUUCAGGCUCUCUUUUACUCGAGUAUGAAGCUGGCACGCACAGCGAGCUUGAUCUUGGAGUCACUUGGAGAGCCCCGGUGGAUUGGUCUCCUGCUCGGGGUCGGUUCUACACAAGCCGGUACUUGGCUGGCAGCGGGAAUGCAAGGGGAUCCAUCGUCAUUUCUUUUCGGGCAAAUGAUGGUCCUUCUGGGGACUGUUACUCUCCAGGUAUCGAGGCAGUCGAGUACGUCGACAUUAUGAUCCUCCAGAUGAUACCGUGGUAUGUUCGUUUGUAUGGCCACACGCUACAGGUUUCGUUGGAUGGCCGAAACGUGGAGUUUUGGUCCGUGGUUAGACUGAUGAGAUUCACACCAGCAGAAGAUCGCAAAGCUCCUGCUGCUGUGGAGAUUGCUCUGCGAGUUUCUAUUGCAACCCAGGCCGUAACUCUGACGAUCCAAUAUGACAAGGGAUUUCUUCACAUCGACGAGCAUCCUCCAGAUGCAAACCGUGGAUUUGAUCUGCCUUCCGCAGUUAUCACUUUCCCAAGGUGCCGUGUGUUCAAACAAUUCCAAAGUGAUGAUGUCGGUCACUCGCACAUUUUGGCUGUUGUUCAGGUAGUCGAUUGUUUUGUUUUUCCAAGUCCGAGUUUUGUCUUUGCUCUCCUCUUACAGAGCCAGCGUCCAAUGCAAAUAUAUAGCGAAGUUUCAUUGAUGCAACUGGCCACACCGGAUUUCAGCAUGCCGUACAACGUGAUCACCCUGACGUGCACAGUUCUUGCGCUGUACUUUGGCUCGCUGUUAAACGCUCUGAGGCGAAGGAUAGGCGAGGAAGAACGAGAAAGCAAAGAAGGGAAGAAGGCGGGGCUUCUGAGCCAAAAGCUCAAGUGGCUGAGAAACGAGAAGCACAUGAGAGUGAUCAAGGUGAUACUGGUGGUGAUAAUUGGUGUGGCUGUAAAUCACUACUUGAGCUCGUCAUGAUGGCACUCUGGGCUCUCGGAGAAAUCAUUCUGUCCAGACUCCUCUGGAGGUAUUUCGAGAGAACAAAAAAAUGUGAAAACUGGCGCUUGCAUUUUCCAUACACCUGACAGAAAGAGAAAAGCGAGGAGCUUUGGGACAGCUUCUCUUGUAGCUUCCGGGCGAUAAAAACUGCUCUUUGCUAGAUCCAUGGAGGAAGAUGUACAAGUUAAAAACUCUUUUCUUGGGUUGGAUACUUA